GACCGAUGCCACUACAACGCCAUUUCAGUGAAUGAAUACAGCCAAUUAUAUUCAGAUAUCUUAAGAACUUAUAAAAGAGACCAUCAUACCUAUUUACACGACUCGUCAUAGUCUUGAUGAUGUACAGAUAUUGGAAUACUGAUUCCAGCUUGUCAUUUCACCGAAAAGGAGGAUGGCAGUAUGUGGAAAUGCGUAUCAUCGGCACUGGCAAUUUUAUUUGAAGAAGCCAUGACUCAAAAGGCCGCACAAGUGCUCGAUCUAAAAGCGAGUGCUUUAAUCUAUAAAUGUCUCAAAGGGAUAUGUGUACUGCAAAGUCUUCCUUGGAGUCAUUUAUCAGUAGAGCCUCAUCUUAAUGCCCUGAAUUUUCACAAGGGUUCCUGAAAAAGGGCGCAACUCCUAAUCACAUCCGAGUAGUCUCUGAAUAUAUAACAUUUCUCUCAUUCCCACAUACAUUUACUCCUUUUUUCGCACUUUUUCUACCAUUUUUUGCAUUAUCAAUUUACAGCCUUGCAUUAUACGGAUCUUAUUGGUCGCCCUUUUUACACACACCUCAAAGCUGUCAAUCACUUAUUGGCUAAAAUUCCAAGCCAUAUCGCCCUCUUUACAGUCAGCAAUAUGAAACGUUAUUCUCAACAGGAUCAUUCUGCAUACGAGAUGCCUAACUUCGACCAAACAUGGCAAUCAAUACCUGGCGAAGAGCUCUUCACUGGUGGAAUCGAGACCAACACUAUCAUCAACCCUGUCUUUGAUGUAGAGCUUAUGACGAACUGGCAGAUACCUAAUCCUGAUCAAUUCCAUUUGAGCGGAGAGCUUUUCAUGGAGAGCGCCCAGUUUCCAUUGCAUGCAGAGCUUACGACACAUCACUGCCCGGUACCUAUGGCCAACCAUUCUAUGCAAGCCCCUUUGAAUCAAGGAUUCCUCAGCGAAACUCGCUCGACCCACCAAUUCUUGCAGCGCACUUUUAAUACAGGGAGCCCAUCAAAUCAAACCAUAUAUCCAGCUCUCGACCAAUCUCCGUGCUACCCUGCGUGGGAACAGAGAGGGGUCGGAGAUGUUGGGUGAGUUUUUUUUUUUUUUUUUUUUUGCUAACUUGCGGCUCCAAUAAAUAGUAGGGAUUCAUGUAAAAUCAUGACCUCCCGGCUAGCCGAAUCAGAAUCUCUGCCCUCGAGCAAUGCAAAUGCGACGGUCA